AUGGAGGGCCAACCUCCCUCUCCCGCUCAACACCAUGGCCCUCCUAGCGUAGUCGGUCAAGAAGGGAUGCCCCCGCCAGCGCAACGACCCCGCGGCCCAAAGCUCAAGUUCACGCCCGAGGACGACCAGUUACUCGUCGACCUCAAAGAGAAGAAAAACCUUACAUGGAAGCAAAUCGCCGACUUCUUCCCUGGCCGCAGUUCUGGCACACUCCAAGUACGGUAUUGCACGAAGCUCAAAGCAAAGACCACUGUCUGGACGGAUGAUAUGGUGGUAAAGCUUCGCAACGCCAUGCAGGAGUACGAGAACGACCGAUGGCGCAUCAUCUCCUCGAAGGUUGGCAGUGGCUUCUCGCCCGCCGCGUGCAAGGACAAGGCCGAGGCACUUGAGGCUGUGGAGUUGGCUGCGCAGGAAGAGGAGGAGGAAGAAUCACAACAUCGACAACAUCAACACCAGGGUGCCUACUCCUCGUCUCAGAUGGCAGCUGGUCCCAGCGAUCCCGGCGCAAGUUACCAAUGA